CAGAAGUUCAGCAAGGGGACAGCAACACUUGAAGGUGACUAAGUUAUUUUGGACUUGGUGGUUUUGAAAGUUGCCACUGGUUUUGCUUGCAAUAUGUUCAAUGGAUCGUAUCUAACUGGUUAUGUUGUUAGAGUUAGCCUAACCCACUCUAUAAAUAUUUCUAGGUUAAUCCAGGUCACUCAACUGAUGGUAUGCUGUAUUUUAUUUGCUCUCUUCAUGUGAUCGGAGCAGUUCUGCUUGUUUUUGUGAGAUGUAAACCAGUUUAUGAUCAAAAUAAGUAUGUUUAUGGACUGGUUACAGUUGAAGUACUUAUGGUUUGGUUGGAAAACAUUUCUGGUUGUCCCCAGUAUAACUUACAUUUAGUCUCAACAAACUUUAACCAUAAUGCUACCAUGCAUCAGGGUGCAGUGCCUCCACAUGAACCGAAUGACAUGCUGUUCUGGACCUUCUGGAGAGUCUGUUUAUUUUAAAGGUGUGUGUGUUUGGAGUCAAGAGGUCAUGCUUUUCGAGGCUUUCAUCCUUGACUCCACCUAGACACACAAACAGGCCUGUUUAACUAGCGCUGGACUGUCUUACUGAACUGUCUAGAUUCUUCUUUAAAGACCUUUUAUAUGUCUUUGUUAGGUAGUCUACAUCCACUGGACUCAAACUGUUUCUUGUGCAGCUAUGUAUUGCUGUCAUUUCCCAGAAUUCCUUGUGCUGGCAAACAUGUGUAGUUCCCAUCUGUUGUGUGGCAUCUGCUCAUCUCUCAAGCCUCGAGGCUUCUCCUGACAUACAAUUUUUGUGUGUGUGUUGCAGUUGAAAUAUGACCGAUUGAAUGCGUAGAUACACCAAGGACAAAUCAUUUAUCUGGAGUUACUGGUUGAAGAGAUGUGAUCCCACAUUGCUUGGAUAAGCUUGCAGAUCAUAGAAUUGUUCUGUGGUGGCCUGCUAAAAUUCACAUUGACCACAAAAUGAGUUGGCAUAGGCAUGAAUUGGAGAGGAUUAUUGGCCGGAUCACCACAAAGUUGUUCGCCCGUGUUGUAAAAGCUGCUUUAUUUGAUCCAGACAAGUCCCACUUGUAACCCUGCUCAACCUCUUACAGUAAGCUAGAUUGUAAACAGGAAUUCACCAGUGGUGGACUCAUGCGUGACUUGCGAGAGAUGCUCAGUCUAGGCAGAAGCCUUGUGAGAGUCAUAUGAUGCAUCUUAAGGGCUCUCUCUCCCUCUCCCUCCGUUGCUCAGAGGCUCAGGUUAAUGUAUAAUAACAGGACUUGGGCUAGCCCAACAAUUUAUUCCAGGAAUGGAUUCUACAAAGGGUAAUGCUUGGUACAACUUGCCAUCAUAGAUACAGUAAAAUUGAGCUUUUUAGCAUCUUGUUUCUUAAGUUUUGUUGAAGAUGGUUACAUAAUUCUAAAUUCAUCACGUGGCUGCCCAUGUCAUUUGGAGUUCACCCAAUGUUUUAUUUUGUACUUUGCCAUGUCAUGGUUUGGUUUGGUGUUUGGUGUCAUGUUAAAGCACAGCACUGUGUUCGGAGUGGCUCAAUCACAGUAAAUGCUGCUCCAUCUCUGCAAGCGCUGUGAGAUUGACAUGCAUUUAUUUGAAAAAGGAACACGUGCCAAACUUGUAAUGAGAAGGAUUUACAAGCCUGUUGUCCAAAGAGAACAUUAAACAACAUGUUUUUACUCUACUCACUUUUUACUACACUCACAAAUGUAACUUUACUUUCCUUUUAAUACUUAAAGCACUCUUUAAGUACUUUGAUACUGCAGCAAAAGCUACUAGCCUAACUAAUAAAGUUCAAACAUUAUUAAAGGCAAGUGAACAGUCAGUAAAAAAUAAGAUACAAUACACUAAUUACAGACAUAGAUAAACACAAUAUAACAAAGUUACAAAUAAAGUAAGGUCUAACUGUAGUGUAUUCAGGUACAGACAUGUAAUAAUUAGGCCUAAAUGUAAAAAACAGUGUUCACUGUAUAAAUUAUAGAUUAAUCUUUGUUAAAGCUGCGUUUUGUUGUUUGAUCAACAUUAAUGACUUAGAAGCAGGUAUAGGUUGCUGUCACUUUAAGACCGAAUGCAUGGAUCCAAUAUAAUGAUAUGCAUUAAUUGUUUACGUUCACUUAAGGCAUAGCUAACUCUGUUAACGAGAAUAAUUGCGAGACUGGUAUUUUGACAUAAUUUUGUGUGUAUGUGUCCGUUCAAGCGCAUGGAGAUGCGAAAGAGGAAUCAAUUUGCUGUGUCACACCUCUCUGUGUGUACACAGAUAACAGUGCGCAAGAACUGAAUUGAUGGUGAAACUUAGCAAUUAAUCUGCGAAACUUAUGCAUGCUGAACCGUCUGGCCUGGCCCAUACGGAUCACAGAUCAACUACGAUCUGUUUGACCCUAGCUAUGUCGAUUAGCAUUGCUUUAUAAAUAGGCUACUUUAUUCUUAUGAAAAUAACAAAAGAUUCGUAAAGCUUUGAAGCAGUGUUUUGAAAUCGGCCAUCACUAGAUAUGGUUGAAAAGUCAUUAUUUUGGUUUUUUUGGUGCACACAAAUUAUUCUUUAUAACAUUAAAGUUAAACCACUGUAGUCACAUGAACUGUUUUAAAUUUGUCUUUAGUAGCUUUCUGGGCAUUGAAAGUGUUAAUUAUCUUGCUGUCAAUGGAGGCCUCACUGAGCCAUCGGAUUUUAUCAAAAAUAUCUUAAUUUGUGUUCCGAAGAUGAAUGAAGGUCUUACGGGUGUGGAACGACAUGAGGGUGAGUUAUUAAUGACAGAAUUUUAAUUUUUGGGUGAACUAACCCUUUAAUACUGUAAUUUUGUUUUCUGCUCAGAGUUUAUAGCCUAAAGUGAAUCCGUAAUAAUAACAUAACGGGAUAUUAGAGAGAAUAGUUAAAAAUAAAUAAAAGUAAAUAUUAUGUGGUAGAAUCAUCUGUAUUUUGACUUCACUGGAAGGCUUUUGGCUAAGAUCUUUAUAGACACAGUCGUAACAGUAAUCUUACUGAUGAGCAAGUGAACAAUCAUCUAUAACUCUAUCUGUUCAGCAGACGACUUCAGUACUCGGGUUGUGCUUAAUAUGUACAUCAGCUUGAGGCUUAAAGUUCCUAAGGCUGUUCUGAUCCCAGCCUCUGUGUGUGAGGACACUAUAUAAACACAUCUCAGUAAAUGGCACACUGCUUUUCUCAUUCAUAGCCGAGUUGAAACAAGAGCCCAUGGAAAUAUGAGUGUUCGGUUUAUCCUUCCCUGUUAUCAUUCAAACAGAACACAGUAUGCAGAAAGCAUGGCUCUGUCCAGACAGUAUCUCUGCAGACAAGAACAGAUGAUGUCUAGUGUGUCAUCUAUUGUGAUACUGCAUGCAUUUGUUCAGAAUUGCUUUGAAUUUGGUGCCAGGAUUGCUGGUACAACACUGAAUGGUUCUGAAAUUUCCUUUAUAUUUCAUCUUCCUAGUACAUUUUAAAGUAAAUUUUAACUCUUAAAAUCUGGAAAUUAGAUUUUUUUUUUUUUCUAUAACACUCCCUGUUAUGAUGUAUGAGGAUGCUAUAAUUGGCAUAUUUCAAAUGAAAAUCAAUUCAUAUGAUCAUUUGCAAACAGUGGAGUGGUGUUUAAGCUGUGAAUUAAGUAUACAGUUGAAGAGCCCCUCUGAAUUUCACAUGCCUUUUUUACUUCACUUGUUCACAAGUGUUUUCCAGCUGAAGAAAUUCUAGUCCACUAGUAAUUGUCUUAUGAUAUCUCUGCAGCACAUGACUGUGCUGAUUUUUAGGAUUUUUUUUUUUUAUAAAAUAAUCAGCCAUUUUUGGGAUGUCAUAUAACCAACAAAGAGCGUAUUGAGCCAGCACAAUGAGGCAGGAUUAUCUUCAUACAGGCUGUGCUCCUGGCCUAUCCUAUCUCCUGAAGGGUUCAGAGGUCACUCUACUCUCAUGUUUAUAAACACCGUGUUGUUGAGGGGAAGGAUCAUAAUUAUACUAUGUUUUGACCAUCUUCACGCUUCAAUACAAGUUCACACGCUUCAACAGGCUGGAGCGCAGGCUGCCAGGUUUCUAAGCGAGGAGAUAAUGAGAGUUCACACACAUACCAGAUUCUGCUUUCUCUGCGUGCUGACCCUGUUGUACCAUCAGUGCAGUCACUGCCAUGAAGGAGGGUCCCACCAUCACCACGGGCACAACCACGCUGACCAUGACCAUGACCAUGACCAUGUCCACAAUGACCUUCAGAUUUCAGAAUUGUCCUGCGAUAGUUUAUCGGACCGGUUAGUACACGGCAGCCACAGUGAACCUGCAGAGAACGAGCAACGUUACUACAUUCACCAGUUGUUCUGUCGGUAUGGCCAGAAAGAUCGUCUGGAUUUUAAAGGCUUCCAGAGUUUGCUGUUGAGUUUAGGGCUGGGCGAGGUGCGGGUGGUUGGGCUGGAGCACGAGGAUCUUGGCCACGAUCACGUGGCACACUUGGAUAUUCUAGAGGUUCAGGAAGGACGGCAUUCACAUUCGGCUGGCCAUCCGCACCCUCACCAGAAGACCCACAUCUCCCACAAGAACCACCACGAGAAUGAAGAACACGGCCCUGCCGAGGAGCUACCAUGCAGCAAAACACUUGGCACCAGAGCCGAGAGCACUACUCACAGUGGAUCUGAGAAACAUGACCAUGAGAAAGACAGUGAUCAUGAACACAUCCACAGACAUGUCACGGACAGUCCUCAAACUCAAGAUCAUGAUGAUGACCACGCACAUUCACACACGCACAGUCAAAAACAAGAAAGUGGUGUGCCACAACAACUGGAACAUGAUCAUGAUCAUGACCAUGACCAUCACAAUCAUGACCAAAUGAGUAGUGAACAUACACAAGAAAAUAAUGAUCUCAGUGACCAAAGCCACCAUCAUCAUGAGCACCAUCACCACAAGCACCCCUACCCUCAUCUCCAUGGUCUAGACAGCGUGGAGCACACCUCAGCAACGCCUCAGCUCACACCCAGAAUCCAGCCUUCUGCACCAACUGAGCUACCCACCACACAACCCAGAAGAAACAGGAGACCACCUAAAGUCAGAGCCCAUCGAGGCCGCAACAAGACCAGCAUCACUGUUACUCAGGCCGUCGAGCUGGAGACCAUCGGAGCUGACCAUGAGCACAGUGGCCAGGAUCACGGUCCUAUUCAGCCGCAGAGGGACAGGAGAGAGGUCCCAGGAGAAGAUCUGUCUGUGAAAUCACAUGCACAUGGUGUUUUUCACCAACACGAGGAGUGUCUGAAUUUAACAGAGCUGCUACACCAGUAUGGAUUGAGCUCAGAUUCUCUCAUAUCUCCAGUGCAGUUCACCUAUUUAUGUCCAGCUCUGCUCUACCAGAUAGACAGACGCUUCUGCAUCCUUCAUUAUCACCAUGUUGAGUCUGAGGCACAAGAUGCAACAUCUUCAGUGUUGGUCUGGACGUGGGGCUUUGUGUCUAUCACCAUCAUCAGUUUGCUGUCUCUGCUGGGUGUUGUUCUGGUGCCCAUCCUCAACCAGUCCUGCUUCAAGUUUCUCUUGACCUUCCUGGUGGCACUGGCAGUGGGAACCCUCAGUGGUGACGCCUUACUGCAUCUACUCCCUCACUCUCAAGGAGGCCAUAAUCACAGUCAUGAAGGACACACAGAGGAGGAACCUGUAGAGGACUUUCUGACAAAGUUUGACGGAGUUUGGAAAGGACUGACUGCACUAGCAGGAAUCUACCUCCUCUUCAUCAUUGAACAUUGCAUUGGCAUGUUCAAACACUACAGCGACCAAAGGGGAAGCCUCUGCCAGAAAAAGAAAAAAAGAGAGCAGGCAGAGAUCGGGAGAAAAUUGUCAGACCACAAACUCAACAGGCGUUCAGAUGCUGAGUGGCUCCAUCUGAAGCCUCUAGCAGAGGGAGAAGGUACAACGUGUGAAGCUGGACACAAUGACACACAGAUGACGGAGUUGCAGCCUCUGGAUUCACCCAGCAAGAUGCCUCUAGCCAUCUCUGAUUCGGAUCACCCCUAUAAGGGGGCUGUAAAAACAGAAGAGGACAGUGGGCCAAAGGCCAAGUCAAAAAAGCAUGGACAUGGACAUGGCCAUGGUCACUCCCACCAUGGACACUGUCACUCUGACCAGGAAAUGAAAGAUGCAGGGAUUGCCAGCAUAGCAUGGAUGGUCAUUAUGGGAGAUGGCAUGCAUAACUUUAGUGAUGGACUCGCUAUAGGUGCUGCUUUCAGUGCUAAUAUUACAGGUGGCAUUAGUACUUCAGUAGCUGUGUUCUGUCACGAACUGCCCCACGAACUAGGUGACUUUGCUGUUUUAUUGAAGGCUGGGAUGUCAGUGAAGCAAGCUAUUGUGUACAACGUCCUCUCUGCCUUGAUGGCUUAUGCUGGAAUGGUGAUAGGCACGGCCGUGGGACAGUACACGCACAACGUCACCAGCUGGAUCUUUGCUGUUACUGCUGGCAUGUUUCUCUAUGUGGCAUUAGUGGAUAUGUUGCCAGAGAUGCUUCAUGGUGACAGCGAGGAGCACAAACGCUGUGAGAUGGGUCACUUCGUCCUCCAGAACUUUGGCAUGCUCACGGGAUUCGGCAUCAUGCUGCUGAUCGCCAUCUUCGAGGAUCACAUUGUGAUUGAUUUUGGCUUCUAGCUGGAGACUGUGAUGGGGGGCGUCAUUCAGCUACAUUCACACAUGUGCUUUGCCCUAAAGUGGCUUUGUGGUACAGUCUUGCAAGCAUGUCUCAGAAGACAGCAUCAGUAGCUUACAAUGGACAUGGACAUGCAAAAAAACAUGUUUACAUUUCAUCUUCUCAUCUCCUCCUCUCUAGGCCACUCAAAAUGGUUACUUGUCAUCUUCAAGCUCUUUUGUAGAUGUAGCUUCUGGUUCCAUUCUUUUUUUUUUUUUUUUUUUUUUUUUUUUUUUUUUUUUUUUGAGUAUGUAUGUCCAGUCAGACAUCCACAGCACACAAGAAGCACUCCCCAGUAUUUGGGUUAUCCCUUUAAUAUUGUAGUGUUUUUUUGUUUUUGUUUUAUUUUUAGGAUUGUGUCCUAGAGAGAAGCAGCUAUUCAUCAGUCACCCAUUCAGUGUCAUGUUUAGCUCUUUCAUUCAUUUGUAUUGUAACUCAUAGUCCAUUCAUCUGUAACUGGCGUGUUGUGCUGUGUAUGUCUAGUGUGUCACACCAUUGCCGUGUCAGGCACUAAAAUGGUGCAACUGGCAUCAACUCUGCAGAUUUUUUUUUUUUUUUUUUUUUUUUUUAAUUUAUUGAGAAGUACUGGUAAGUAUUGUGUGCCAGGAUCAUGAGAAACACACAUGAUGUUCUUUAAAGAGCUCUUUUCUUUACUGGUUUACACUUUGCUGUCAGCAUUGGCUACCUGUUUGUUUCUUACACUAUAUUUACUGUUCAUAGUGAUGGGAGUGUCCUCAGUCUUAGAAUUUCAUUUGCUUGAUUUUUCUUUUUUUUCUUUUUUUUUUUAUAUUAUUAUUAUUUUCUGUUUUUAUUGGCUAAGAUUGUACUAGUGUUUUGGCCAACUUUGAGUAUUUGAAGAAAAAGGUAUGCAGUAGUGUUAUGAAUAACCUCUGAUGCAGUGCUGCCGAAAGACCAAUUGCAUUCGUAAGGUCAGAUGAAUAGUGACUGAACAAGUCCAGUAUUAAAGCUAAUGCUAAAGCACUGUGAUUUUUAAAUGAAGAACAACUAGCUAAGCAUAUCUGUACAUCAAGGAAUACAUAUAUUUUUCUUUGGGGAGUCUAUUUGUUCAUCGAAGUUAUCAUGUUCUAGACUACUUUCUGAAUAUGAAUACAAGUUGAUUUUCAUAUCCAAGUGUCGUAAAUCUUGUUGUUCAUGAAAUAAUUAUGUUCCCCAAAGGAGAUUUGCUACUGAAGACUCAUUUUUGUUGGCAUUUUGAAACGUCUUUGUUACUUUUUUAUUUUAAUUAUAGGACAUGUUUGGUAUUACUGGAUAGUUUGUGUGAAGAAAAAAAAAAAAAGAAUAUUUUGUGAGAAAUCAGCACCUUUUAUUCACCGACCAUCUAAAAACUUACUUUGCCUACAAAGUUUGGGAGAAUCAUUCCUUUUUUUUAACGUAAAAAUUAAGAAAGGUUUUUUUUGACAAUCUUAAACACAUUGUUGACACCCUUCCAUUAAUGAGUUAAUGCACACAUUUCAAUUAUUGGCCUUAUGUGCACCUGUAUGAAAGUCUGACUACAAUCAAAUCUAUAGAACAUCUGUUAAUCUGUCCCCCUGUUGAUGUAAUUUUUGUUUAAUGAGUGUGCAACAUUUUGAUUGUGCCAAAUAUGGGCACAAGCGCUGCCUGUACCCACAGUCGCCUCUACACAUUCCACUUGCUGUGUUCGCUGCUUGAAUCCUCUAUCGAGUUGGUGGGGCAUGUUAUGUGAUUCAUGCUUAACCUGUCACCAUGUGACAUCCAUUUAUUUGUUCUCGUGGGUGUGCAUCAUUAUUAAUUGCAUUCAUCAAAUGUACUUGAUUGGACAGAAACAUGCAUGAAGGAAACUGUCUAGUUGUGUUUCAUUUCUUUUAUGAAAUGGAGAGAUGAGAACAUGUACUGUUGAUUUUCCUCUUUCCCUGAAGUACUUCAUUUUUACAGCUUGAAUGUAAAGCCAAUGAGUUUGGGGGUCAUGUGAGCAAACCUAAUCACAGUCUUCAGAGAUUAGGUCUAAAUCCUGUGUAUGUGUCUGUAAAAUGAAGUUGUCCAUUUUGUUAAACCGUAACAUUUGAGUAAAAGCUGUAAAGCUCAAAUGAAACACCUUGAUUACGUGGUGCAAAGAAAUAAACUUGAUGAUAAAAAAUAAAAAAUGACACACACCAAUUUUCUUCAUGCUUUACAUUGUAUUCCAACAAAGGACCAUCCAGAUAUUUACUUACAUUUUAGUAUUGUCAAUUUUGGCAGGACAUUUUUUUUUUUUUUGUAAAAAAUCUCAGCUUGGAUGUUGUCAAUACAUUUGCCAUUCUUGCUGAUUGUCUGUGCAUUUCUUUGUCAGAAGUGGAAAAUAAAGUUUGCAAAGCCUA